ACGAAGGAUAUAAUAUUCACCAGACUUUAUCAAGAGAAGCGAUAAAAUUUCGCCUUAACAUUGCACCUCAUGCUAUUGCAAUUCUCAACAGUUCCACACCUCUUCAUCCAUUCCAGUUAUCAAUGUUAAGAACCCAGAAAGACAGUAUGGGAAAGUAAAAGCGGCAAGGAUUUUGCCUUACCUUACUGUUGGUUCUUAAUCAGUCAAUCGCAAUGUUCUAGCCAAGUCAAGUUAUUUCAGCUAACGGAAUGCUCUCAAUUCCGCAUUGUAGUGUGAAGCGAGAGAACCUUCGAUAGAAAUUUCGAUAAUGGUUCUAGUUUCCUCGAAAUUGAAUCGAUAUGGUCCAAAGGAGUGAAAGAAAAGAUAAUUUGGGAAACAGGAUGAAUCAAAACGGUAAUGAAGAUGAAACCUCAAGUUGGAAAUUCUGGCGUAAACGGAGAUAUGUUGUCGCUACCAUGGCAUUUUUUGGAUUUUUCAUGAUUUAUGCUCUUCGUGUGAACUUGAGCAUCGCUAUAGUUGCUAUGACAGAAAAUAAAACUUUAGUACUUGAAAAUGGAACAAUUUCUUAUACUAGGGAAUUCGAUUGGGAUUCAACAGUCCAAGGAUAUGUAUUGAGUUCUUUCUUUUAUGGAUAUAUAACAACGCAACUUAUAGGAGGGUGGUUUGCAAUGAGGAUUGGAGGUAAAAGACUUUACGGGGUGGGAGUUGCAGCGACUGCAGUGUUAACACUAGCGACUCCUUUAGCAGCAAACAUGGGUGUAACAUCUUUGAUUCUCUUGAGAGUUUUGGAGGGAGUAUUUGAGGGUGUUACGUAUCCAUGCAUUCAUGCAGUUUGGUCUCAGUGGGCUCCACCUCUAGAGAGAAGCAGAUUAGCAACUAUAGCCUUCACUGGAAGCUAUGCUGGAACUGUUGUGUCGAUGCCAGCUUGUGCCCUUUUAGCCAAAUGGUUUGGUUGGCCCAGCAUCUUUUACGUAUUCGGUAUCGUCGGUAUAUUUUGGUAUUCGCUUUGGGUAGUCUUAAUCUCAGAAAGACCUUCUGAGGAUCCACUAAUAACUGAUGCAGAACUUAGAUACAUAACAGAAUCUCUCGGAGAGAAUGCCGAGAAAAGAAUCAAAUAUCCAUGGAAAAGUAUAUUCACAUCCAUGCCAGUUUGGUCCAUAGUGAUCGCCCACUUCAGCGAGAAUUGGGGCUUUUAUACGCUAUUGACGCAGCUGCCAAAAUAUCUUAAAGAUAUAUUGGAUUUUGACCUGGCAAAGACUGGAGCCAUGGCAGCUCUCCCUUAUUUAGCCAUGUCUAUUACGCUUCCACUCUCUGGACAACUUGCCGAUUGGUUGCUAGUGAAGGGAGUGUUUAACGUGACUCAAGUGCGUAAAAUGUUCAACUGUGGUGCUUUCAUUUCUCAGACAGUUUUUAUGAUGGGAACAGCAUAUGCCACAUCUGCUACUGUUUCUAUGAUCUGCUUGAUUAUGGCUGUUGGACUGGGAGCAUUUGCCUGGGCUGGAUUCAGUGUGAAUCAUCUCGAUAUUGCACCGACCCACGCUAGUGUGUUGAUGGGAAUAGGAAAUAGUUUUGCGACACUACCUGGUAUAGUUAGCCCCAUUCUAUCAGGAUAUAUUGUGACUACUCCUACAAAAGGCGAAUGGCAAGUGGUAUUUUACGUGACAGCGGCAGUGUACUUAUUCGGAUGCUUGUUCUAUUGGACAUUCGCUUCUGGAGAAGUUCAAAGUUGGGCUAAGGAAUCAGAAACUUUACAACCAAGUAACCGGCUGGAAAAAAUAGAACAACAGAGAGGAAUAGAUAAUCAGACAUUUCAAAACGAUGAUAUGUGAAUAUGUGAUGAACCUUUAUAUGUGUUGUAACAUAAAUAUUAAUAUUAUUAGGCAUAUAUGCUAUUAAAUAAAUAUUUCUUUCACUUUU